AUGACGUCAUUGAUAGGUAUUGCUAUCGCAAGAAACCAGCUUGAAGGUCCCAUUCCAGUUGAGUUAUGUAACUUGAAAUCACUUGAGUUUUUUGACCUGUCCCAUAACAAUAUGUCUGGCUCAAUACCCUCUUGCUCCAACUGGUCCGAGAUCAAACAUGUUCAUUUGAAUAAAAAUAGGUUAACUGGUCCAAUUACCAGUGCAUUCAGGGGUUGCUCCACUUUAGUCACUCUAAAUCUUAGAGAAAACUACCUUAUUGGCAACAUUCCUGAUUGGAUCGGUAACCUUUCAAGUCUGAGCAUUCUCCUCUUGAAAGGAAAUUAUUUACAUGGACAAAUCCCACUUCAAUUAUGCCUUUUAGAAAAACUAAGCUUGUUGGAUCUUUCCAACAAUAGUUUUUCUGGUCAAAUACCUCGUUGCUUGAGUAACUUUACUUGUGAGCCAAGCUACAAAAAAUCUGAGUCAUCAAACUCUAUCCAAACAUAUUUCAUAAUAUCCGACAUGUUGUCAUUCUUGCAUUCCACAAUAAUAAUGAAUAAAAAAAUCUUUGAUUUUCACUCUGACGUAAAAGAUUUUACGUUCUUCAAUGUGGAUGCACUACAAGAAGUGGAGUUCACAACAAAGAAUACAACUCUCUCCUACAAAGGUGACAUCCUCAACUACAUGUCUGGGAUUGACCUUUCAUGCAACAAAUUAGAAGGAGAAAUUCCAACCGAGCUUGGAGAUUUGAGUAACAUCCAUGCGUUAAACCUGUCGUUCAACAAUUUAACGGGAUCAAUCCCCAUUGAAUUCUCGAAACUCAAACAAAUUGAGAGCUUGGAUCUAUCACAUAAUAACUUGGAUGGUAUUAUCCUCCCUCAAUUGGUUGAGUUGAAUUCUCUAGCCGUCUUCAAAGUGGCACACAAUAACUUAAGAGGUACAACACCAGAAAGAAAAGCUCAGUUCGGUACCUUUGAUGAAAGCAGUUACGAGGGAAAUCCUCUCCUAUGUGGACCUCCACUACUUAAGGCUUGCACUAAAACUGAACCAUCAUCUACCAUUCCAACUGAUAAUGAGGGAGAUGAAGCUUGUGGUUUUAUAGACUUGGAAGUCUUCUAUGUCAGUUUUGCGGUGUCUUAUGUGAUAAUGUUGCUAGCAAUUGUUGCCAUUCUCUGUAUAAAUUUGCACUGGCGACGGGCAUGGUUUAAUUUUGUUGAAGUGUGCAUCUACACUUGCUACUAUUUUAUUGUGACAAGCACUUGUAAGCUAUCUAGGUUUAGAAUUGUGUAG